ACCCUGCUUAUACUGCUUCCACUCUAUGAUUUUGACCCUCACGCACAUACACACACGCAUACACACGCUGCUCCAUAUAUAUUCAUAAAUACCAAGUUGUAACCUCGUAUGAGGUUAAUCCCAACAACAGUAAAGGCGGCCCUUGACUGCGGCGCAAACAAACUGCUGGCUGCGAUAAGCCCGCUGAGAUACGCAGGGCUUGGCCUAUAAAAGAUGCCAGUAGUGCGAUGAGAAGUUUAUCCGUAAAUCAGCUAUCGCAACACAACCACAUCAUGCUGCAGUGCUUUCAACUAAUGUGCUUUGCUCUUCUGGCAACAUCCGCCACUGGACAGGAGUACAACCUGCCAGCAGUCAACAGCAAUCCUGGCCCGCAAGAUGGACGUAUUGUGGGCGGCUGGGAGACAAACAUCACGCACUUUCCACAUCAGGUCUCAUUGCAGAUGGGUAAUCGUCAUAUCUGCGGCGGCACGAUAAUCGCACCGAAUGUCAUCCUCACCGCUGCCCACUGUCUGGCAAGGAGCAACGAGCCUUUAAGCUAUGCCAUACGCGCUGGCUCCACCAUGUGGUCCAGUGGUGGCAGUUACAUUCGUGCCCGUCGCAUCGUCACGCAUCCGCAAUUUAAUGCACCCACGCACAUGAACAACGACAUCGCUUUGAUAUGGCUGCAAAGGUCGCUCGUCUACAGUCCAUUGAUACAGGCCAUCCCAUUGGUUACGCCGACGGAUAAUGUGCUACCGCAGGCACAACUCUUUGUCAGCGGCUGGGGCUCCACAACAGUCGAGAAUGUGGUCACAGCGCCGCGUCUGCAUUACACAUCUGUGGUGCAAAUGGAUCGUCAGAGGUGCACACAGAACUAUUUUGGUGCUGGCACCGUUACGGGAUCAAUGUUCUGUGCUGGCAGCAAGUCUGGACUCGGCGAUCGUGACAGUUGCAUGGGUGAUUCGGGUGGCCCACUCAUCACCAGCGUUGCUGGUCGCUUCAAGCUGCUGGGCAUUGUCUCCUGGGGCUUGGGGUGUGCCAAUGCUCAAUACCCAGGAGUCUACACCUAUGUCACAGCUCAUACUAACUGGCUAACACAGACGCUCAGCACAUUAGCCUAGUCUUAUGUUUGUUAAUUGCUUUAAGUGCACACUAUAUAUACAUAUGUAUAUUUGUUAUAGCGAGCAAAUCAGCUCGUGUGAUACUGAAAAUGCAUUUUCUCUGUAAAAUAAGUACGCCAUUUGUCAAUAGUAAUUCUUUUUCAUUUUGUAACUGCUUAAAAUGACCAUCCGACAUUAAUUUGAUUGUAAAAUAUAAAUAAUUUUAAAUACGUA